UUGCUGAUUGUUUUUCAAACUAAUAAUAUGAUGACGUCGUCAAAGGAUUUAGCCGAUUUACAUUAUUUCACCGGGGAACAAUUGAAAGACGGACUAAUGGUUCAAUCUUUCAAAAGGUUUUUGCACAAAGAGAUGCAGCGACACGUAAAACUUGCAAGAAAUGAAGUUACUGAUCACCAAGCGUAUGAUUUUUGUCAUGAGAUUCGCGGCAUCGCCAUUGUUAUCAGUAACGAAGUAUUCAACCCUGACUCUGGUUCUAGAAUGGAACCAAGGGCGUAUGCAAAAGUAGAACUUCGCAAAAUGAAUGAAAUGUUUUCUGGACUGGGAUUCAUUGUAAUGUUGUUCAAGGACCUAACAGCAGCACAAAUGUAUGAUGUCAUAAAAACAGUUACUUCACAAGACAUGGACUUUUUUCUGGGUAAAUCAGAUGCCUUUGCUUGCGUUCUUGCUUCACAUGGAAAUGAAAUCCAGGAAGACAAUCCAGCAGACCCCAACAUUAAGAACUACCACCACAUUAUAUAUGGGACAGACAGGCCUAUUAGAACUCAUCUUUUGUUGGAUCUGGUUCAUGAUAGACGAUGUGAAAAACUUCAGGGUAAACCCAAAAUGUUCUUCAUACAGGCCUGUAGAAGUCGAUUUAGGAACGACCCAGGACGUUUUGAUGCUGGUGUCAAUGUAACAGUUUCCAACAAGCGUCAUGUAACACAAUUAGGGCUUGAUAAAAACGAAAGUAUUUCAAUGGAUUCCACCUCUACUUCCGAAGAUAAGGAAUCAAAUAUCAACUCUAUCAUGACAGAAACGCCAUGUAAAGACAAAUUAGAGAAUGGUAGCAAUGAAUCUGAAAGACUCGAAUCUCCCUCAAAUAUCGAUCCCUUUUCGUCAGGCGACAGAAUACCUCCACAGGAAAUUGUUGAAAAAGUAGAAAACAAGAACUGUACCAGUCAGAUUUCAGGGGAACGUAGUUCGAAAUCUUCACCUGAAUAUAAGGAAGAUUCUGACGAGUUAUCUCAUAAACUAAGUUUACAGGAACUCAUUCCCUGUUUGGAAGUUGAAAUUAUAAUGGAAGAAACAAAAGAUAUUUCCGAGGACCCGAGUAUCAUACAAAGAGGUAUAGACUGGGUUAGGAAGCGUAUUUUCAAAAAGAUGGACAGGGUAGCCAGAAAUGAGGCCGAGGAGGUAGGGGAUACGGUGACAACUGUGGCGACACCAUGUCACAAUGACUUCCUUAUCAUGUAUUCUACUUCCCAAGGGAAAGCUGGUUUCGGUCGGGAUGAGAAAGGCGGUUGGAUGAUUCACGAGAUGCAUAGAAUCAUGGAAAAAUACAUUGAAUUCAUUGGCCAAGAUAGACGGAACUGUCUGGACUUCCUGUCUGUUAUGACAUGCGUGAUGCGUGUUAUUGGGUUUUAUUACGAAACUGACACCGGAAAUCCGAACACUUCUGGUUUGAAAACGGCACCUACAAUGCAGCACAAAUUGUCUAAAGAUCUUAUUUUUAGAAAUAAAUAUGGAAUAUAUAAGUUAGAUUCUGUUGUCAUAAAUCUUUUGACGUCAAUUAACAACAUGUCCUCAAAGGAUGUAGAUGAAUUCGAUUAUUUUACAGGGGAAGAAUUGGAAGAUGGACAAAUGGUCCAAUUUUUCAAAAGGUUUUUGAAAAAAGAGUUACAGAGACGUGCAGAACUAACAAGAAAUGGAGUUACUGAUCACCAUGAGUAUGAUUUCAGCCAUGAGGUUCGUGGCGUUGCCAUUGUUAUCGUAAAUGAAAUAUUCAAACCUGGCUCCUGUCUAGAGCCCAGGAAAUAUGCAAAAGUAGAGCUUCGCAAAAUGAAUGAGAUGUUUUCUGGACUGGGAUUCAUUGUAAUGUUGUUCAAAGACCUAAAGGCAGAACAGAUGCGUGAUGUUAUAGAGACAGUAACCUCAAAAGACAUGGAUUUUUUUCUGGAUAAAUCGGAUGCCUUUGCUUGUGUUCUUGCUUCUCAUGGAAAUGAAAUUCAGGAAGAAAACCCAAUUGAUCCAAAAAUUAAGAACUACCACCACAACAUAUAUGGAAUAGACGGACCAAUCAGAACUCAUCUUUUGUUGGAUCUGGUUCACGACAGACGAUGUAAAAAACUUCAGGGUAAACCCAAAAUGUUCUUCAUACAGGCAUGUAGAAGUCGAUUCAACGACACAACAUCUUAUGAUUAUGGUGUGAAGGUACCCACCUACGACAAGCUUGAUAUCCGACAAUUAGGAAAUAAAAGUAUUUUAGCAGAUUCUGUCCCUCUACCUGAAGAUUCGGAAUCAACUGUAAACCCUACCAUGAUAAAAAAAAUUGCUCAAAGUGGCGAUGAAUCUGAAUGUUCCAGAUCCUUCACAGUUAUUGAUCCCUUCUCGUCAGGCGACAGGACAUCUCAAAAGGAAAUUGUUGAAAAAGAAGAAACUAAGGACUGUAUCAGUCAGAUUUCAAGGGAAUGUUCGAAACCUACACCCGAAAGUGAGGAAAACCGAGAUAUAGAUUUACCCGCGCUAUCUAAUAAACCAGGUUUACAGGGACUACACGAGGGAAUACAAGACAUUUCUGAGGACCCGAGUGUCAUCCAAAGAUGUUUUAACUGGAUUGGAAAGCGUGUUUUCAAAAUGAUAGACAGAAUAGUCAGAAAUGAGGAUGCAGGCGAUACAAUGACGACUGUGGCGACACCUUGUCACAAUGACUUCCUUGUCAUGUAUUCUACUUCCCAAGGGAAAGUUGGCUUUGGUCGUGAUGACUCGGGUGGAUGGAUGAUUCACGUCAUGCAUGGGAUUAUGUCGGAACGUGUUGAGUGCAUUCGCCAGGAUAAGAUAGACUGUCUAAACUUCUUGUCCACUAUGACACGCGUGAUGGGUUUUAUUGGAUCUAAUUUUGAAACUAAAACCAGGGAUCCAAACACCACUGGUUUAAAAACGGCCCUUACAUUGCAGCACAAAUUGACUAAAGAUACUAUUUUUAGAAAAAAAUAUUUAUUAUAAAGCUGAAUUAAGCUUUCUG